AUGACAGAACAAGAUACUAAGAAUAAUGAUGAUGGUGAUCAUUCAAGUGAUUUGUUUACAUGCCCUAAAUGCGGUAAAAGGAAAUGUACAUACUUUCAAUUGCAAACGAGAUCUGCUGAUGAUCCUCUGACCACAUUCGUCACCUGUGUGACUUGCAAUAAUAGAUGGAUCUAUCGAUUCAAUUUAACACCUUGCUGUUUUAGCAAUAUUUGUAAUAAUUCAAUAGAUAAGAACAAUUAA